AUGGAAUACGAUACCAAGACACCGAAAUCCGUCACCAGCGACCCCAAGUCCUUUGCUAGCGAAUCCGUUCGCACGCGAUGGCCUGUCAUUCUUACCGGCGCCGUCGACGACGUCUACAGGGCCAUCUCUAGCACGGAUGAUGCCGAGAAGCAGGCCGAGGGCAAGAAAAUUAUCGAGCAGCUCGGCGCCCUCAAGUACGAGAUGCUGCAUGAUCGCCAGCUAACACCUAUUCCUGAGGAUGGAUUCCCCGACGAGACCGCCGCCUACAACAAGGAGCUGGAGCAGCUGGGCAAUCCCACCUGGUUCCAAGUCCCCUGGCUCUUUGCCGAGUGCUACAUGUACCGACGCCUUAGCACCUUCUUCACCCUGACCAACCACUGGAAGAGCUACGAUCUCUUUGCCCGCCAGAAGACUGAUACUUUCCGAACCUCUCGUAACGCUGUCGUAGAGCUUGCCGCCCGAUAUGCAGACAUUAUCAAGAAGAUCCGCUCUGAUAAGGAUAUUACACAUGACUCCGAGGCUGAAAAAAUUCUGUUCACCGAGAUGUGCGAGGUCUGCCUGUGGGGCAAUGCGACUGAUCUGUCGCUGCUUACCAACAUGACCUACGAGGACAUCCAGAAGCUGCAGGGCAGCGAGGCUAGAAAGGCCGCCGAACAGAACAUCCUCGUUAACAACCUUCCCGAGGCCUUUGCUUUGCUCAAGAAGGCCCAGGUAGAAGGCAAGAAGGAGCGCCGUGUAGACUUUGUCCUCGAUAAUGCCGGCUUCGAGCUCUACGUCGACCUGGUUCUGGCUGGCUUCCUUCUCAACACUGGCCUUGCCACCCAUGUUGUUCUUCGCCCCAAGUCAAUCCCUUGGUUUGUCUCUGAUGUUCUCCCGGCAGACUUUGCUGCCCUCCUCAGCGCCCUCGCCAACCCCAAGGGCUUCUUCGAGAGCCCGACUGAGGAAGAAAAGGUUUCUGAAAAGACGCCUGCGCCUCUGGCGCCCAAGGAGGUUGAAGAUUUGCUAUACGUCUUCCAGGAUUGGGCUACUCUGCAUGGCGAGGGCCAGCUGGCUAUCCGACCCAACAGAUAUUGGACUGCUGGCGGCUCUUUCUGGCGGUUGCCGCAUGAAGCUCCCGAGCUGCACGAAGACUUGAAGCAGGCUGAGCUCGUCAUCUUUAAGGGAGAUUUGAAUUACCGAAAGCUGGUUGGCGAUGCUUGGUGGGAUGCUACCACUCCAUUCACCGAGGCUCUUGGUCCCAUGGGCCCUGGCUCCGGCGUCAACGUCUUGUCUCUGAGAACAUGCAAAGCUGAUGUUGUUGUCGACCUUCCUGCUGGCAAAGACGAGGAGCUGAGAGCCACUGAGGGAGGUGGUGGCGAUUCCGGUGCCAGAAAAUGGGCUUGGGGCGGCAAGUGGGCGGUGGUAAGUUUGUCUGAGGGCAAAUAA